GGGAGAGAAAAUCCUAAGCACACUCCUCGGGGAGCCCGAGCCAAGGCAGGGCCUGAGAUCAUGACCUGAGCCCAAGCCAAGAAUAGGAUGCUUAAGGAAGUUAAGAAUAUUUUUGAGGACCACUAACUGGCAUUGUAUUCACCAAUCCAAUUUCGGUGCCCCAGAAGCGGGGCUGCAACAUCGGAUGAAAGGAGCAAUGCGUCUGAAAAACCGGAGGCUGGCGCACCCGGGUACAUUUCCCAGGGUCCCACCCGGCCCGGGAGGCGGGGCCUCGCUCCCCGGAAGCGUCCUGCCGCCCUGCCCUCCCGUUUCCGCCUCGCGGUUGCUAGGCUACCGGGGCCCUAGCCGACUGCGGUGGCGGGCGAGCGCUGGGAGCGUGUUCUCUGCUUGCUGCGAGGCUCGGCCGCUGUCCCCUGCAGUGCGGUGGCCUCCCGCCUCGCUUUGGCGUCUCUGCCGCGGCAGGCGCGGCGCACACCCCUGCUGCCGCAGACAGGCCGGGAGCGGAGGGGAAUCGCACCCUUCCCUCUGCCCUCCUAGGAAAUCUCUACGCUCCCUCUCCGACUCUUCAGAGAAACUACCCCUCCUCACCUUCCCCGGCACCAGGAAGCCCUGAACCCCUGAAUUCCAUUUUCAGGGCCCACUUCCCGGGCCCCUGACCUUUCUUAUCUACUCCGAGGCAACUCCGUUGGAUCCCUCCAUCCCCAUUUCUUUCACUUUCUUGUUGCGUCCUGGUGGUGGGCAUCUCCCUCCUCCGAGAGGGAAGCAUGGGAGCCCCAAGGGUCCAGGUGCCGCGGGAGGCCCAGACUGGAAGACAAGCCGCCCUCCCUCAUUCCUCAGCUUCUGUGUAAUCAGCUGCCCUUUUGGAAACUGGGCAGGGGUUGUGGCCGGAUGCCGGUGUCACUGACUUGUCUUCAGCAUACCAUGCAGAAGUAACAUGUUCCCAGCAUUGGAAACCGAGCUAAAGCAGGAGGCUCUUCCUGAUCCCUAUGAAGAUUUUAUGUACCAUCAUCUUCAAUACUAUGGCUACUUUAAAGCUCAGAGAGGCAGUUUACCAAACUCAGCCACGCACCAGCAUGUUUGGAAGAAGAAUCCUCGCUACCUGGUGAGUGGCUCUUUUGGGGAAAGAGAGGAUGUGAUACCAGACCCGCUGCAAAAGGAGAAGCUACUAUGGCCCACCUGUCUAUCUUCAGCUGUGCACAGACAGUUAGAUGCUGUGAGCAGAGAUUCCCUCAUGCUCGGUUCACCACUUAAGAGCAGACAACUUCUUCAUGAUGAAUUUGGCGAAGUAAACCCAUGUCUCCGAGAACCCCGAGAUCUCUUUGCUGCCUUCUCUAGCAGCGGGCUACUGCAGGCUCCAAGGUGGCCGAUAGAAUGUGAGGUCAUCAAGGAAAACCUUCAUCAUAUCGAGUGGGUUCCACCUCAACCAGAAUAUUUCUAUCAACCUACAGGAAAUGAAAAGUUACCAGAAAUUGUAGGAGAAGAUAAAGGCACAGUUGUCUAUCAAUUAGAUUCAGUACCCACUGAAGGUUCCUAUUUCACCAGUUCCAGAGUGGGAGGUAAGCGAGGGAUUAUCAGGGAGCUUGCCGUCACGCUGCAGGGACCCGAGGAUAAUACUCUCCUGUUUGAGUCAAGGUUUGAGAGCGGGAAUCUGCAAAAAGCUGUCAGAGUAGAUACCUAUGAGUAUGAACUCACCUUGCGAACUGACCUCUAUACAAACAAACACACUCAGUGGUUUUAUUUUCGUGUUCAGAACACUAGAAAAGAUGCCACCUACCGCUUCACCAUUGUCAACUUGCUCAAACCCAAGAGCCUUUACACUAUAGGGAUGAAGCCACUCAUGUACUCCCAGUUGGAUGCCAGCACCCACAACAUUGGCUGGAGGAGAGAAGGAAAUGAAAUCAGGUACUAUAAGAACAACAGGGACAAUGGACAGCAGCUCUUUUACUGUCUCACGUGGACCAUUCAGUUUCCACACGACCAGGACACUUGCUUCUUCGCACACUUCUACCCGUAUACAUACACUGAUUUACAAUGCUACCUGCUGUCAGUGGUGAACAACCCCGUCCAGUCUCAGUUCUGCAAACUCCGAACUUUAUGCAGGAGCCUAGCAGGAAAUACCGUCUACCUGCUUACCAUCACCAACCCAGCCCGGACCCCGCAGGAGGCGGCUGCCAAGAAAGCCGUGGUCUUGAGCGCCCGAGUCCACCCUGGAGAAAGUAAUGGCUCGUGGAUCAUGAAGGGCUUUUUGGACUUCAUCCUUAGCAACUCCCCAGAUGCGCAGCUCCUCAGAGAUAUCUUUGUCUUCAAAGUGGUUCCUAUGUUAAAUCCAGAUGGAGUGAUCGUGGGGAAUUACCGGUGUUCACUGGCGGGACGGGACUUGAACAGGCAUUAUAAAACCAUUCUGAAGGAGUCUUUCCCUUGCAUCUGGUACACCAGGAACAUGAUCAAAAGGCUUCUGGAAGAAAGGGAGGUUCUCUUGUAUUGUGAUUUCCAUGGCCACAGCCGCAAGAAUAAUAUCUUCUUGUACGGCUGCGGCAGCAGCAAUCGCAAGCACUGGCUUCACGAGCGAGUCUUUCCUUUAAUGUUAAGCAAAAAUGCACCGGAUAAGUUCUCUUUUCAUAGUUGUAACUUUAAGGUGCAAAAGUGCAAGGAAGGAACGGGCCGAGUUGUGAUGUGGCGCAUGGGGAUCCUCAACAGCUACACCAUGGAGUCUACCUUUGGGGGGUCCACCCUGGGCAAUAAAAGAGAUACUCACUUUACCACUGAGGAUCUGAAGUCUCUAGGUUACCAUGUUUGUGACACCCUUCUGGAUUUCUGUGAUCCUGACCGAACCAAGUUCAUGCAGUGUUUAGCAGAGCUUAAAGAGCUCUUACAACAGGAGAUCCGUAAGAAAUUCAAUGAACUUGGACAAGAUAUGGAUUUAGAAGGAAGUUGGAGUGACAUCUCUUUGUCUGACAUUGAAUCCAGCACCAGUGGUUCUGACAGUUCCCUCUCAGACGGUCUCCCUCUUCACCUACUGAACAUAGCACAUGAGGUGAAUCAAAAGAAGAAGAUGUAUAAGAAGAAAAAAAAGAAGCCACUUCAGACGAGGAAACAGCGAAAUGAACAGUAUCAGAAAAAUAAUUUGAUGAGGGAGUUAAAGUUAACGGAAGAUGUCCCGGAAAGGGCAGGGUUUGCUUCUACUCUGCAAAAACAGCCUACCUUUUUCAGAAAUUCAGAGAAUGCCAGUUCUUCCACGAUGCGAAAUGACAAACCAAGGUUGAAUGAGCUACGUGGGAGAGACAAGGGCACCUCCCUGGGCCCAUCAAAAAUGGCCUCCUUGAUCCUGACGAAGAAUACAGAGAGAAUGCAGACAGAGAAGCCAGGAUUCACAGUGUCAUGCUCUCCAAAGAGAAGCGCAAAUCCCAGCCAAGAGCCGGUUCCAGAUAGGAAGCCAAACUGGUCCAGGAACAGAUAUCCUGCCACAAAGAGAAGCCGCGCCACCAUGACAGUGUACCCAUCCUUGCACAUAUACACAUACCCAUAGGCUGCCAUGUUUUGGGUCAGACACAUUCUGUAAUGAGGGGAGUUGUAUGAUUGGGAGCUUCGUUCACUUGCGGUAUACUGUGUCGUGUGUUCAUCAUGCACUGACCUUACUACACCAGGGGCUCCCAUUGCAUGCAAGCCCUCACGAUACAUACCUCAUGAAUUAGAUUACUUUUUUUUAAAGUAAAUUUUAUUAUGAUGUAUAGAAAAGCUUCCUUUGUCAGAAAUUGAAGUGUGUGCUCAUGAACCUACAGCCCAGAUACACAUUUUAACCAGUAGACAUUCUCUCUAAAAUUAUGUGCAAAUCAAUUUUAAGAGUUCAAAUUCUAUUUUAAACAUAUUCUGAGAGUGUGCUUUGUUCAAAAAAAGUCUUCCGUCAAAGCUUUCUAGCAAUGAAUGGUCAAUGAUUUAUCAGGUUUGCUCAUGCUAAGGUGUUACCACAUAGAGAAAACAAUUCAUGUAUUAGCCAGAGUUUAGUAUGACAUAUAUCAUGUUCAACACGGUUACGUACAUUUUUUAACCCACUGAUUAAAAUUCUUUCUCUCUAGCCAAUUGUUUCCUUUGAUCGGUUAACUGCAUCACCUUACGUGAACAGGUGUUUUAUAUUUUUAGCUUUCUCUCGAGCAGCAAGCACAGCCUGCCAACUGCAGCCUGUCAUGUCCACAUGCUGGGGUCGUGUUGAAGAAGGGUCACUUGAGUUCAUGCCAGGCCUCCUGUUUUUACUUUCCCCUCUUCCUAUCACAUCGGAUUGAAAGUUUCCCGGUGUAUUUUUCACUAUCACUUGUAAACUCCGUCAGCCACCACCAUGACCUGGAUGACUAAUGAUUAGAACCACAUGGCAACACAAAUUUUAGUACAAGUCCAGUGUUUGUGCUUUUUUUUUUAAUAUUUGAUUUAUUUAUUUGACACAGAGAGAUCACAAGGAGGGGGGCAGGGCAGAGGGAGAGGGAGAAGCAGGCUCCUGGCCGAGCAGGGAGCCUGAUGUGGGGCUUGAUUCCAGGACCCUGGGAUCAUGACCUGAGCCGAAGGCAGACACUUAACCGGCUGAGCCACCUAGGUGUCCCUUUUUUUUUUUAAUUAAUAGACUUUAUUUUGAGAACAGUUUUAGAUUUACAGAGAAAUUGAGGACACAGAACAGAGAAUUCCCAAAUACUGCCCACCCCACAUCCUGCCUCACACACUGCAUGAGUCUUUUUAAAGGUGAUGAUAUCUGCUGAGCUCUUUUUUGUUUGUUUGGUUUGGUUUCUAAUAGAGAAUACUUCACGAACUUCCGUGUCUUCCUUCUGCAGGCCAUGCUAAUCUUCUCAGUAUCUGUAUCUACUUCAGUGUAUGUGCUGCCAAAGGGAGCCUCUGCCCUUCUCCUAUUCCAUACCUUACUCACACCCUAAAACCUAAAUUCACACCUGAAAACUCAGCAUUUUAAGUAUCUAGAAAGCACACAGCCAAAACCCCACUUUUUGUCCCAAAGAGGAUAUCUUUCAAGGACAAAUCCCUAAACAGUUACAAACCGCUGAGGGCAAACCUUUGAAAGUUGUUCGGAAAUACUUGUUUUUGCUUCAAAUAAUUUUGGAUAAAGUUUAUAAAAAGCACCCCAGUAUGAUGAUAUUUUUGGAAUAAAAAAUCAGAAUGUGCAGGGGCACCUGGGUGGCUCAGUCGGUCAAGCCUCCGACUCUUGAUUUCAGCUCAGGUCCAUGAUCUCAGGGUCGUGGGAUUGAGCCCCGUAUCGGGCCCCACGCUCAGCUCAGAGUCUGCUUGUCUCUGUCCCUCUGCUUCUCCCCCCAUCUCAUGUGCACUCUCUCUAAAAUAAAUUUAAAAAUAAAAUCUUAAAACAUAAAUAAGUUAAUCUUUAAAAAAAUCAGAAUAUGUGAUCAGAUUCUUCCCCCAAACUUACAAGAUUUAUUUUUCAUAAAACAUGCCCUUUUAUAUUCAACACUGAGGAUUUUAUGGUCUGAGAUGAUUGGUAAGAGUGAGUUGGCAACAAUGUAUAGAAAAGAAUCAUAAAAUAGUUAUUGUACUUCAUCCAUUAAACUAUUUGGAGUAAUGGAGUGAUGAAAUUUUGCCUGCUUAAGCAAUCAAGAUCUGUGGAGUUAUGAUCAUGGGCAGAGGGGGAGGGAGAGGGAAAGGGAGAGAAUCUCAAGCAGACUCCACGCUCAGCACAGAGCCCAACACGGGACUUGAUCUCAGGACCCUGAGAUC